AUGGAGCAGCAGGCGGAGAGAGACCCGCACGCAGACUUCCAAGCGGGAAGGCUCCCCAGUGGGGAGCCCCACCCAAGCCCAGCUCCCGGACUCCCCGCACUCGCAACACGGAGCUUUAGUCCUCCACCUCCACCACCUCCCUGCCAGAUCCUUUCCGCUCUGCUCCUGGCGGUGCGCCGUGCAAGGAAGGGCCCGGCAAGCCCUGUCCCGAAACGCCGACCUACCUUAAGCUUGCACCGGGUCCGAGGACGGCGGCUGCAACUUCUGCUGCUGCGGCUGCUGCUGCGGCUGCAACAACAAGCGGAGGCGCCAUGCAGCUUCUGCCGCUGCGAGACGCUCAGAAUGGAUGCAAGAGCCUGGCCGGGUCAUCCGAGGACGGGUUUCAGCGUUUUAGGUGCAUGUGACGCGGAACUGGCGGGACGUCUCGCCACCUGGUGGGCGGUUGUGACCCCUGCAGGCCCCGGCUCGGCUUUCUUCUGGGCGGCGCAGGCAGAAAUUCAACAGGUAUAUCACCUGUUUGCGCCUUAUCACAGCCUCCCCGUGCCAGGAAAAUGCUGA